UGCUUUUUACCCUCUCUUAGAGAAAUGGCCAUGUACAAACCAAGGGUGAUUUCUCUGACCAAAAAGCCAGGACAGACUUUUGGCUUUUAUCUGAGGGUGGAGCAGAGCGAGGAAGGUCACCUGAUCCGCUGCCUGGAAAUGGGAGGUCCAGCUGAACUAGCUGGCAUGAAGGAUGGAGACCGAGUCCUGCGUGUCAAUGGAACAUUUGUUGAUGGACUGUCCCAUUCUGAGGUAGUAGAAAUGGUGAGAGAUAGUGGAACGUCAGUCACAUUCCAUGUUCUGGAUGAAUCGUCUUACAAGCGUGCCAAAGCACAGGGAGUGAACCUCUCCGAUCCUCAGAGCAAACCGGUUGCCAACGGAAUGGCCAAAGGGGCUCUGAAACCAAAACUCUGCUACUUGGUCAAAUCUAGCUCAGGCUAUGAGUUUUCUCUUCGCUCUGUUAUAGGCGAGACCGGUUUCUUCAUGACGGAUGUGACUUCGGGAGGAGUAGCUCACAAAGCAGGUGUCAGAGACAACGACCGCCUGCUGGAGAUCAACGGGGAGAACGUGGAAGACCACACGCACGAUCGGGUGGUGGCAAAAAUCAGACAGUUGGGCAGCAGCAUCGUGCUCCUGCUGGUGGAUGAGGAAACAUACAUGUUUUAUAAGAGAAAAAAUGCCAAGAUUGGAGCGUGGUUAGCAACAACCAAGCAUCUCCCUCACAAACCACGCAUCAUUGAAAUGACCAAAAGACCUGAUGGUUACGGCUUUGUGCUCAGGGAGGAACCCAACCAAGCAGGACACUUCAUAAGGGACAUAGACAGAGCCAGCCCAGCAGAAAGAGCUGGUUUGAAGGAACUGGACAGAGUGGUUGCUGUGAAUGGAAACCAUCUCGACGGUUGCAGCCACGAGCAGGUUGUUGACAGGAUCAAGCAAAGUGGGGACAAAUGCUGCCUCCUUGUGGUGGACAAAACCACAGACCAAAUAUAUCAGCAGGCGAAAGUGUGCCCUAUGCUUUACUGGGAUGAGAUGAAGGAUUCCAACUCACCACCCAGUUACAUCGAGGCUGUGAACGCCCCAGUCCCCAUUCGACCAGCCACACCUGUUGAAAAGCGCGAAGAGGAGCUGAGGCCGAAGCUGUGUAAGAUGGAGAAGACUGCAGCUGGCUUUGGCUUCCAUCUAAAUGGCAUUCAGGGUGUCUGUGGUCAGUACAUCAAGGAGGUGGUGAAGGGCGGAGUGGCUGACAGAGCCGGUCUGGAGGAUGACGACAUCGUGGUGGAGGUCAACGGCCUGAACGUGGAGCAGAGCACCCACGAGGAGGUGGUGGGCAUGAUCCGCAGAAGCGGCAACUCUCUGGAGAUGCUGGUGUGCAGCAAGAAUGUCUAUGAACAACUGAAAGCUAAAGGAGUGACCAUCACAACCUUUCUGCUGGGUGAGACGUCCAAGAGUCACGACCGCACUGCCGGGAAACCAGAAACCAUGGAGGAGACACGGGAGGAGGCCAGACCUGAAACCCCCACCACACAGGAGAGACAAAGGGUGCGUUCUGUUGUUUAA